UCAUCAUCAUCAUCAUCAUUAUCGGCGUCAUCUGCGCAGCUGGCCCGCGGCCUGCGGAGGACGGUGUUAGUGUUGGUGGUGGUGCUCCUACUCUACAUGCUGCCAGCGGUCCGGGCGUGCGGUCCGGGCCGCGGGAUCGGCGGGCCGCGCCGUACCCGGAAGCUGCUCCCGCUCGUCUUCAAGCAGCACGUCCCGAACGUGAGCGAAAACUCGCUGUCCGCGGCCGGCAUGCAGGAGGGUUCGAUCUCCCGCAACGACAGCCGGUUCCGGAGCCUCGAGACCAACUACAACAAGGACAUAAUCUUCAAGGACGAGGAGGGCACCGGGGCCGACCGGGUGAUGACGCAGCGCUGCAAGGAAAAGCUCAACAUACUGGCGGUGUCGGUGAUGAACCAGUGGCCCGGGCUGCGGCUCAUGGUGACGGAGGGCUGGGACGAGGACCACAUGCACGCACCGGAGUCGCUCCACUACGAGGGGCGCGCCGUUGACAUCAUGACAUCGGACAAGGACCGCUCGAAGAUCGGCAUGCUGGCGCGGCUCGCCGUCGAGGCCGGCUUCGACUGGGUGUUCUACGAGAGCCGCAACCACAUACACUGCUCCGUCAAGUCAGAUUCGUCGCAAUCGAACCACGCGAGCGGUUGCUUCACCGGCGACGGCACCGUCCUGACGGCGGACGGCGUGCGCCGGCCGCUGAGCGAGCUGCGGAUCGGCGAGCGGGUGCAGGCCGUCGACGGGACGGGCCGCACGGUGUUCAGCGAGGUGCUGAUGUUCAUGGACCGCGACACGCACCAGCGGCGCGAGUUCGUCACGAUCGAGGCCGACGGAGGCGCCCGGCUCAAGGUGACACCCGCCCAUCUGGUGAUGGUGUGGCGGAAGGAGCUCGCCGAAACGCGCUUCGUGUUCGCGGAGCGGAUUCGCGAAGGCGACCACAUUCUCGUGCACGGAGCGUCCGCCACCGGAACGCUCGAACCCCGGCGGGUCCUUCGAAUAUCGGCCGUACUGGCGGAGGGCGUCUAUGCGCCGCUGACGCGAGAAGGCACCAUCGUCGUGGACGAGGUCGUCGCAUCCUGCUACGCGCUCAUCGACAGCCAGACGGUGGCGCACCUGAGCUUCCUGCCGUACCGGUGGGCCGAGAAGCUGUGGUCACUGUUCGAGCGGGCCAGUGCCACCGACAGCCUCAGCCUGCCGCGCCACGAGGGCAUCCAUUGGUACGCCAAGUCACUCUACUCGAUCAAGGACUACGUGAUCCCGGACAGCUGGCUCUAUCACUAG